AUGACGCUGUUACCAGUCGUCCUAUACUAUGACCAUAUCAUCACGCUCUCCAUGGAGAUCGCGCGCAUUUGGUCCCGCCCCCUCUCUAAGCCAGCUCUCUGGUUUUUUUUGAACCGUUACUUGCCCUUCUUUGGGCAUAUUGUCGUCGUCGUUUUCAUCUUGGGAGGAGUCACCCCCGACGACACAAGCUGUCAGGCAUAUGUCUUAUUCCACCAGUUCAUGCUCAUCUUCAAUCAGGUGGUGGUAGCCGUCCUGCUGAUCCUGCGCACAUAUGCAUUCUAUGGCAAAUCGCGCAGCAUCCUCGCUGCCCUUUCUUUGAUUCUUCUCGCAGCAAUAAUCCUUGCCUGCUGGACUUCAAUCACACAUAAUAUCAGCAUCGUGGUAUCUGGAAAUCCAAUACGUGGGUGUCACAGUGGCCUUUCAUAUGAAAGUGGUGUCUAUAUCGCGAUUGCAUGGGAAGCACAGGCUGUGUUCGACGUGGUCGUAUUCGCACUCACUCUUUACAAGUCCUACCAACAUCAACGGGACCUUGAGUGUUCCCUUGGGUCAAAAGAGGCAGGGUCAGGAAAGGUCGGUUUAGUGGAGCUGUUCAUUCGUGACGGAGCAGUGUACUUCGGGUAACCCUCGCAACGCCUAUACCGUACAGGUUUUUGAUGCUGAUAGUAUUGAAUUAUACAGGGUGAUGGCAUUCGUAAACGUCGUCAACGUUUUGACAUUCUAUUUAACAGCAGUGCGUUUAACAGUCGCGAUUACAUCAUUGUGAAAUCAACCUGUUUGUCACAGGAUAUAUUGCGCGGGUUCUUGUCGACAUUUGCCAGCUGUAUCUCCAUCACAAUGAUGUCGAGACUGAUACUGAACUUGCACGAUGCCUCCUCGCUCCUGCCCUCUACUCACCGAGCGACGCAAUCGAUGGCCUUUGCGUCCAUACAUGGCCCUGUUAACUCUGAUAUGCUUCCGAGUCUGAGGUCAGCGGAUGCGGACGAUGAUCAGGAUGACGAUGAGAUUCAAGAGGUCGAGCGAAGUCACUCCGAGAGGCCGCCUGCAAAUGGACUUGAUCAGGCAUGACGAUCGAAUGGCGGUGCGGCUGAUAAAAUAUAUGGGGCAAGAGCUUGAUUGAGCGAGAUCACCAAGAGGCGUGGGCACCUAAAAACAAUGUACUUUAGGGACGAUUCACAUGGACCUUACAGCUUCAAGCUUGAAGCCUGAUAUCCAUAAAUUUUUCUUCCUUAUUGUUCUACUAAUAUAUGUCUAUGACCUAUUCAGCCUC